UUGUAGCUAGCUGCCUACCCCCUUCAACCUCCUCUAUGCACCCGCACUAUCCACAAGAUGGAGAAGACACUCGUCGAGCUCCGUCUUUUCUAUAAUUACCAGCUUCGCCACCUCGGCCCCGCUGCCAAGAUCUUUGCCCUCGACCUCUCGUUCAGGAAGAAUCUAUGCGUUAACCUGUGGGUUCUCGCCGCUGAGAAUUGUGACUCAGUGGACGCCGAUGCCGGAAGCUGACCGUGUCGUGGGUUUGGGUGGUGGCCACGGAGAAUCCCAUCAUGUUGGGCAUCAACUGUGAGUUUCCAAUCUCUGAAUCCCCACGGUUCCUUUCCUAGAAGUCCCUCGCCAUUUUUUCUCUUCAAAUCUCCCAAAGCAUGUGAUUCACUUCAAGUUAUUAAUUCAUAGGUUCUAAUCAUCGCUGAGCUCUACUUUUCAAAGCACUCAACUUUUCUAUAGAGAGAGGAGUUUGCUCUCUUACUGUGCUUUUGACGCUGCUGGAGCAUGUUUAAUGAUAUCCACCUUUCAAUCUACAACAAAUUUAUUUUUUGGUAAGGCAGAGGUUGAUGUUCCACAAUGUCUUCCUUUCAACUAUUGCAACUAACUCGGUGUGGCCAGAGUUUUCUGGCUUCAAGGAGGCUGUUAGGGAGAUGGGAACAGAUUUUUCUAUGAUACAAAAGACUUUUUUCGCUGAUAAAAGACGGCAUCAAAUUAAGUUGAAGUGCAAGAAGGAAGAGCGGCAGCAGCCUUUACAGCUAACCGAUGUUGUAAAUAACAGUGCAAAAGAUCACCCUCGUUCUAAGUUGUUUAUUGAACUACUAAAAGUAGUUUCCACCAAGGCAGAAGAAUACCCCAGUAGAGAUGCAUCAGAUUUUGUGAUGGCGGAGGAGGUUGUGGACCUAACAGUUGGAACUCAUGUAUGCACUUUUGGCCUAUUCAAUUUAUCUUUUGAUAUCUUCCUUUUUUUGGUGCAGAUAAUUUAUGAUUUUAGUGGCUUAUUUAUCAGAGAAAUAUUCUUAAUUGCAUGAUGUUUGAUGUGGAUUGUGGAACAUAGUAGGGGUCCAUCUACAAAAAUUAAAAUUUUUACUUGGUUCUGGCCUUCAUUUCCUAAAUUUGUUUGAGGUUUAAAGCUUUUUCUACUUUAAGUCAUUAGAUCAAUGCUAAUAUCGUCUUUGGCUUUAAAGCUCAGAUGGCCAAGUUACUUAUAGUAUAUUGCCGCAAGGGUGAUAGAUAACUUGCCUUUAUUAUUUUCUUUAAAGAAAAAGUAAAUUUAGUUUUAUUUGUGCAAUUAGCAAU